UUUCAGGCUAAUGAUUGCUUUCUCACAGAGAGGGGGCCAGAGAGCUGUAUUCAAUGUUACUCCACAGACCUGACUUAAGCCGUCGCCCCCGGACCAGACACCGUGAUUUCUGCUGAAGGGAAGACAGUUUUCUUUAGAAAGCAGGAGGAAAAGCACACAUUUUCAAACAUGAUUGGCGUGACGGAGUGUGCGGUGGAUGCACAAAGUCUAAUUUCUAUUUCCUUACGGAAAAUCCACAACUCUAGGACGCAGCGAGGGGGGAUCAAGCUGCACAAGAACCUACUGGUUUCGUACGUGCUGAGGAACGCCAGGCAGGUCUACAUGAACGAAAAGUACGCGGAGAUCUACCGGAUGCAGCAGUACGAGGAGGUGAUGACUGUCUGCAAUGAGAUCCAGGAGCUGAACCCGCUGGAGGAGUGUGAGGAGCAGAGCGCGGAGUGCUGCGGAGCCGGGAGCGAACCGGCGAGCUUCUGCGGCGCGGCCAGUCAUUUAGCAGCGGCGCAGCCCGCGCAUACCCAAGUGGCGAGCGCCUGUUCUGCGCCUUUAUCUCUCCAAAGCGUGGAGCUCUGCAAGGAACCAGAUUCCCCUUUCUACCGGAGCUGUUGCGCCGAGGCUUACCCUGCCUCCAGCUGCGAUUUCUUGCCGACAGCCAGUAUGCACUGCAGCAAAACAACUGUGCUGGACCUGGACACCCACGUAGUGACUACCGUGGAGAACGGGUGCCUGCACCAGGACUGCUGCGCAGCGCUCCAGCAGUGCUGCCAAGGCGCGCAACCGCCGGCGAAGAAGCGAAAGGCUGACUUCGGCUUUUACGCGUCCGAGCCCGAGGAGCUGCAGGACUUUGUGCCGUGUAAAAGGGCGAGGUUCGAGGACUGUCCUUUCCCCAGCGCAGAGCAGCUGGACACGCCGAAUAUCUCCAACCUGAUCUCGAUCUUCGGGUCGGGGUUUACGGGGCUUGUGAACAGGCAGGCGGACUUCGAGCAGGCUUUGAACGGACAGUUUUGUAGCACGCAAGCCCUGGCGAGCCUUGGCGCGUGGACUAGAGCCAUUGUGGCUUUUUAGAUUUCUGAAAUUAAGAACAGAUGCUUUAUUGAAUUGUAAGAAAAGUUUAAGACAAAUUGACUUUAUUUUUGCAAGAAAAAAAUUAAACAUUGAACAGCUUGAGUUUCGUUUAAAUGGGGAGGGGGAGUAUUAUACCACGAGUGAUGUGCAGAAUUUCCUUUGAUUCGAAAACGUCGACAAUAUUAACAUUUUAAAAUGAUUGUUGUGGAUUGUGUCCAAGUUGAUUUCGUUGCCUUAAACACAAUGUGUACUGCUGGCUGUCGCUGCAAACAUUUAAAGUGACUGCCUGCUCGCGGACAGUUUCUCGUGCUUUUAUUUCAUGUUUGAUACUGUCUUGCUCUAAUACACGAUUCAAAUUGAACAAUUCUCGGUUCAGUUGGAGGACUAUCUUUAUGAGGCUUUUGCGUGUGGGGGUUUAAAUGUUUCAUAGCCUACUGUAAGCAGUGUGGUACGGUGAUACCUUUCCUUGGUGUAGAAAGGUACUAAAUAUUGAACAUCACUGGCAUAUGAACUCUACUUCAGACAAAACUGAAUCCUCUUCACCGCCCGAUUGCACGCAGACAACGUGAAUACUUGUUAUUGACAGUAGCAAAAGGCGUUGAACUUGUAUUUUAGUGCGGCCGUGCUUUCUGUAUGCAGUUUGCUUUCUGAUGAACUGUGUACGUUAGGAUGUUGGGCGUCCUAUGAGUUUUGCUUGUAUUCCGUAGUUUGUGUCACUUUUCCCAUCGCACUUGUAAUCGGAGCGAUUACUAUACCACUACAAUUCCCAGAAUGCACACAUAAUUCAAUCCGACCAGGUAAUUUAAUGGCAAUUUGACGACCCCUCCCCAGCAGCUCCACGCGCAUAUACAACUGCAAUCUCGAACAACUUGUCGGCUAAGCCUUCGAAACUAUUCAUAAUGCCAACAUUGCUUGGUUUUGUGAGUUUUCAUUUUUUUCUAUUCAGACCUUUUGUUCUAAAAAGGCAAGUCCAUAAUUUAGCCAUGCACCAUCACAUAUUAGCACUAUGUGUCCUGAUACAGACGUUACCAGACGUUCUCUCCAUGUUUUGUUGGUAUUCUUUUUGUGCAUAUUAAAUUGUAUCACCGGGUAAUACUGUUUUAGAAAUAUUUGUCCAAAUUUAUAAUCUUAAUAAAAAAACUUUAAAUACUUA